AUGGUCUCGUCGAAUCCCCUGUUCCGUGGGACAUGGACUGCCAAAAAGUUCCAAGCCACCGUCAUAAACGACAUCUGGCCAGAGGUCCUCUUUUUCUCGCUUGUGGCCAUGAUGGUGGUCUUGGUAGAUAGGUUCGCUGACAAGAACCUCGGCAUCUCCAAUCAACUCUUGACUGUUCUUGGUACGGUGCUCGGUUUGGUCAUCUCAUUCCGUACGUCUUCUGCAUAUGAGAGGUACCAAGAUGGACGGAAGAUGUGGACCAACAUCAUCACCGCCUCGCGCAACUUGGCUCAGCAGAUCUGGGUUCAUGUUCCUGUCGAUCGCACCGGCAAAGGAACUGCCGCGAACACCACCACACUUCAAAACGUCAUUGAGAAAAAGUCGAUGGUAAACCUGGUUCUUGCCUACGCUGUCAGCGUGAAGCACUUCCUUCGGGGUGAACGCGGUGUCUAUUAUGAAGAUCUCUACCCAUUGAUUUCCUUCCUCCCUCGGUACGCAAACGGCGAAAAGGGGCCGGAUAGCGAGAAGCUCCCUCUCUGGCACGAUGAUGACGAGCACGAUCACCGCCCAGUCGACACCCCUGCCACCGAGCUCGGACGAGAGACUUCCCCAAGCUCUCAUGGCACCCGCCACGAUGGCUUCGACCCGGAGAAGGCCCUGCCUCAGGUUGCUAGCGAACGCCCGUUGAAGCCAGCACGUAACCCACCUGAGACGACCCUCUUCGAUUACAUCCCCCUGUUCAGGCUCUUCCGAUGGAUUGUUCGGGCUGUAUCGCGCCGUGCUCGUGCCCGCCCCGCUAGGCGUACAAAGAGGAAGGCCUAUGCCGACGUCGUCGAGAGUCACAUACCUUUGGAGAUCAUCCUUGUCUUGUCGAACUAUACUGCUUGGUGCAUGCGCAAUGGACUCUUACAACCUGCUAUCGCAACCGGCGUCACCACUAAUUUGACUGUCCUUCAAGACACGGUCUCCAACUUGGAACGUAUUUGCAACACUCCCUUACCCUUCGCCUACCAGGCCCAUCUUCGCAUGUCUCUUUGGCUUUACCUCUUAUUCCUUCCUUUUCAAAUCUAUAAUGCCUUUGGCUAUGUCACUAUCCCCGGAACCGCCUUCGCCUCGUUCCUGCUUCUCGGAUUCCUCGAAAUUGGCCAGGAAAUUGAAAACCCUUUUAACUACGACCUGAACGAUCUUGACCUUGACCACUUUUGCAUCACGAUCCAACGCGAGCUGCACUUGAUCACCGCGCACCCGUGCCCGAACCCGUCGGAUUUCUUGUUCAGCACCCUCAACCAGCCAUUCGCGCCGUCCGACCGCCGCAACGCCAAGGAGCUUACAGAUAACGAUAGCGUGUACCGCCUGCCCAACGAGACUGGCGUAGAGCCUGGACUCGCCAGCUUGCGCCGCACACUUGUCAAAGGCUGGAAGGACGUCGAUACCCUCACUCGCAAAUGA